GGAGGAGGGGAAGAACAAACAACUGACCAUAUGCAGUAUACACUUUGAAAACUCCCUCUUGCUGUUCAGAAGUGACUGUCAGAGGAGCAAAGAAUGAUUCAACAGCAUAUGAAGUGCUGGAUGCUUCUUCCCACAUUGCUGAGAGCAGCAGUCUGCUAUACCUGUGAUCUACAAUGAAUGCCAAAUCUGCAAUCAGCAAAGAGAUUUUUGCCCCACAUGAUGAAAGGAUGUUGGGAGCUGUGCAAGUGAAAAGAAGAACAAAAAAAAAGAUUCCUUUUCUAGCUACUGGGGGUCAGGGUGAAUAUUUAACAUACAUCUGCCUGUCAGUGACGAACAAGAAACCAGCUCAAGCAUCGAUCACGAAGGUGAAGCAGUUUGAAGGCUCCACGUCGUUUGUCAGGAGAACGCAGUGGAUGCUCGAGCAGCUUCGCCAGGUCAACGGCAUAGACCCUAACCGGGAUUCCCCAGAAUUUGAUUUACUAUUUGAAAAUGCAUUUGACCAAUGGGUAGCAAACACAGCUUCAGAAAAAUGCACAUUCUUUCAGGUUCUACAUCACACUUGUCAGCGAUACCUUACAGACAAGAAGCCAGAAUUUAUCAACUGCCAAUCUAAAAUUAUGGGAGGAAACAGCAUACUCCAUUCAGCAGCAGACAGUGUGACAAGUGCAGUACAGAAGGCAAGUCAGGCCUUGAAUGAGCGUGGUGAAAGGCUAGGUCGUGCAGAAGAAAAGACAGAGGAGCUGAAAAACAGUGCUCAGCAGUUUGCAGAAACUGCACAUAAGCUUGCCAUGAAGCACAAAUGCUGAGAUACUGCCCAAAGUUGAAAUCUUCUCAAGAGAAGCUGAAGAGGCUACAAUCAGCAACUUUUACAGGAGAUUCAGUCUUCUGUGUGCUUUUUCCUUCCCGUUCAGUGGAGAUGCAUUCUUUCAGUUUCUGUGCAGGAAAAAGUGUUGCAUUUCUACUUUUCUGACUAACUUUUGUUCCUCUUUUUUAAUAUUGCUACACAGUCCUGCGGUACUUUCUACCUGUAUUUCAGUUGUUACAGGAGUGAAAGCAAACAUUGAAAAAGGACCAAAUGACGAGCUGAUCAGGAUUAAAGUUGUAAUAUUCUUCCUUGGUUGUAAAAAAAAAAAGAUUGAACUGAUUGUGGACAUGUGUGUGGAAAUAAAAUCCAAAGAAGGGGUAUAAUUUUCUUCAUUUAAUGUAGCAUCAGCAGAAUGUGAAUGAAUGUUAGAAUUAAACAUCUGGGGUUGUAGCUAUAGUGGAGGACAAACUGCUUUGUCCUGGGAAACAGGAAAAAUUGUUUCUUCUAACUAAUGUAGGAAGCAUUGCAUGUGCACCAGCAUUCACAAGUGCAUAUCUGAAUUUCAUUCAUAUCAGCAUUUGAUACGCUCCUGUUUUCACGUUCAGACUGAUUAUUUGAAUAGUAUACUGAAACCUAGAGAAUGUAGGCUUGAGGUUUCAAAAUUGAGGGAAAGAGUAAUUUUUACAUCCAUACGCACAUAGCUGUGCCUCAAACACAAUCUACAAUUUAACAGUCUUGAUUUGAAAUAGCAUUUCUUUUUACCUGUGAUUGUGUGGCUAAAGGCCCAUGAAAACGAGAAUACAAAGGCCUGGGAGGAUAAGAGAGUACUAUUUUCAAGAGAUCUGUUUUUCAUAAAUUCUACAGUAAGAGUUUUUUGGAACAUUUCAGGAAUUUGUCUGAUUUUAAUGACUUUUGUGUUAGCAAGUUGUCUGAUUUUUAGUAUUAGAGGCUUUCACAAAAGCAUGUCUUGGUACACUAGAAUCAACUUCUAGUUUGAGUCUGAGCUUUCAAUAUGUUGUCACUGGAAGGGUGACUCUACUUCAUCUGUAUUCACUAUAUGCAAUAUAUGCACUGUAUUUGUCUUACAAAAAUAAGUAGGUUACCUUUUUCCUUCACAGCUGUUUUCUUAACAUUUUUAAGAUGGUCUAAUGUGCUUCAAGAAUGAAAAGGAAAAAAAAAAAAAAGAGAAAAAUAUGUUGCUUUUUUCCUUUUUUAUACCAGUAAGCUAGAAAAUAAAUCCUUGCAGAAGGUACAGCCUUCAUCUUCUGAAAAUGCCUGCUCUUCAUUUUUGCCCUCAUCUUACCAGAGAAAAGCUGGCAUUAUGUGAAUGUACUGUAUUCAUUGUAGAAUAUGAUUUUUGCAUUAUUAAUGACACAACAGUCUAAAAUCCUCAGAGCAGUGCUUGUAAGAGAGAUAAAAGCUACUGUAGUAAUUGAGAAUGUUUUACUUACUGCAAGCUGAAAUAACUGAAAAUCUCAUGGAAAUGCCCAUUUAGUAAAAUGAUGCUUGCCUUUUGGAAAGUAUUCUCAUUUGAACUAAGGGCACUGUCUAGUUAGCUGAUUGCAUUCAAACUUUACAUCUGUUUUGUUUUUGGUUGGUUUUUUUUUCCUGUAAUUUAAACCAUUUUGUAUGAAGCUUUUUAUUUAAUUUCACACUGGGGGUUGAGAGAAUGGGUCAUUUAUGUAGCACCAUAUGAUCAUUUAGCUCUAUUUAGCACUAGCUCAAAUAGUUACCUAAAUCUAGCACCUACUGAAAUGGAAUUUGGCCACUUCUGUUGUAAAUCAGAACAGGUUCAUUAACAAAACAAGUUCUGAACACCCUGUUGAGCUAUAUGUAAGUAAUGCUUGCCCUGGAAAUGUCUGAAUGCUAUUGUAAUGACUGAGUAUUUCUGCUAUGAACCAGGAAAAAGUGUCUGCUUUUUUUUAAAGAAAUUAAACUUCUGCUAGAUACAAAAUGUUAGGCCAUUUUUGUUUUUUAAGAUGGAUUAUAAAUCAGUCAGGGAGUACAUUUCUUACCACAUAGCUAUCUUCUUGUCAUAUUUUCCACUCUUUUAAAACUAUAUUCUGCUGCUAACUUUACAAGUCUUUUUCCUGAGAGAAAGAAGUAAAUAAUUACAAGAAAUGUCUAAAACCCAGGCCAGAUAAACCUGAAAAGAAUUAGUUGUCUAAAUUUAGAUAAAAAGGGAUAUAUUUUCAAGUGUUUACAUAAAUAUCAGUGGGACAGAACAAGAUCACAAUUGCACUGCUAAGUUCCAGACCUCUUGUGAGUUUUACUGUACUAAAACAUUGCUUUAGUCCCACCUGAGGUUUUUCAGCAUUUUGGGUUGUUUUACAUCUUCCAGUUAAGUAUAUUUUUUUAUCAUAACUUAGGACUUUAAUCCAACCAUCAAAAGCCAUUUACUAUGGGAACUUUAAGUAACCUAAGUCUUCUGAAUGAAGGAAAAGUAGUGUGUCUGUUUACUUUGUUCUUGCUGUUCAUUAAACUAUGAGGUUUGGUAGUUUUUAGGAAAAAAAAAAUCAAGGUGUAUAAAUGUUUAUCCAAAGGUAAAUCUUAGAGCUUUGCAGUUUCCUUCUGGAACUUAGCUUGUAGUGUAUACAAUCUAGCAUUAUUAGAUAGUCAUGUAUAUAACAUAUACUAUGAUUCAGGUUAAUGUUUCAUAUGAAAGAAUGUAUUUGUAAAUUGUAACAAUAUUAAUAGUUUCUUUAUCUUUUUAAAGUUCUGAACAGAAUAAAAAUAAUGUAUUGUUAGACUUGACUGCUGUACUGCAAACUCUGUCUUAAAAGGCUACUUUUGUGUCUAGCAAAAGUUGUGUAUUAUGUGAAAUAUUAACAAAAAUAUGUGCUCUUAAAACUGAUCUUAAAGGUAGGUAGGUUUUGCUAUGAUUUGCCAGAAUUGUAAUACUUGCUGAUAUCUAUUGUAACCAAUUCCUUGGAAGUUCUCAAAGAUGUAGAAAUUAUUUUGUGCCAUUCUGGGGAGAAAAAAGUGGGACCUGCUCUCUUGACUCACUACUGGAAACCCUGUUUUUGUCAUUAAAUACUAUACUG